ACUUGGACAAUUGGAAUUCUACAAAUCUUAUUUCUGUUUUUCAAAAGCAACAAGUUAAAUACGUUUUUAAACCACCUACAUAUUAAAUUCAUUAUUAAAAGUGAUACCCAUUUGCUUCUAUUUCUAUUGUAUAUGAAUGAUUUAAUUGCGUAGUUAAAAGUCGGUUUUUACGUACAUAAGACUUUCUAGAGUUAGUUUUUAAAAUAAUUGCAGUGUCUCUCCAAUAAAUAGUGUUCGCUCAGUAAUGGAUAACAUUGUUGAUUUUCCUUUCUGUGUUUUAAUAUUUUAUAUACUUAAUUAAUGUAAUUUUUUGCGGUUUUCUUUUGUGUAUAUUGUAAAGCAUUUGUAGACGCACUGCAAAGUGGUUAAUCCGGAUUUUCAAUCCACAUUUCCUUAUUGCCAUUAUUGUGUUGCCUUUUAUUUUAACACAUUGAUACUGUUUUAUCACGUGAAGUAUUUUUAGAAUUCAAUUUACUGGUAUUGAAGCCUGAUGUUUUUUAACUUCAGAGCUUUUUAUUGUAUUGAUACAAAGUGAUUUUGUUGUUGUAUAACAAUUGUUACUGUGAUGAACUAUGAGCUUAUGAAAUAUAGUGCAAAACACUUCAAAAAAGUUAAUUGGAGAUUUAUGGUGAGGGUGCUACGGUGAAGGCGGCGGCAUGUGGGGCGGCGCCCGGGUGCUCAUACUCGUGGCGCUGGGCCUACUGGCCGGGCCUUCGCAUGCCACCAAGAAGUUUAACAUCACCAUCGGAUACCUGCCCUCGAUAAAAGGCGAACUGCGGGACAGGCAGGGCCUCGCUAUUUCCGGAGCACUGUCUAUGGCUCUCGAGGAGAUCAACAACAGUACAGACAUACUUCCAGAUGUGCAACUUAUGCUACAAUGGAACGACACAAAGUUCGACACAAUCACAGCUACCCGCUUGCUCACCGACAUGAGCUGUUCGGGCGUGGUCGCCUUCUUCGGGCCCGAAGGACGCUGCAACACUGAGGCUAUAAUUGCUCAGUCUAGGAACCUACCGAUGAUCUCCUAUAAAUGUUCGGACUACCAAAUUUCUACUCUAUCAACAUUUGCUAGACUGGAACCUCCGGAUACGCAGGCUACAAAAUCAGUAAUAUCACUUCUGCGCUAUCAUCGAUGGAACAAAUUCUCUAUAUUAUAUGAAGAGCCAUGGGUGACGGUGGCACUCACUCUGGAGAACCAUGCGAAGAGGAAUAAUAUGACCGUGAAUCACCAGCGGCCAGUCAUUGAUGGCUUCAAGUGCUGCGAGGAGAAGCUCACGUGCUGCGCGCCCGGUUUCUGGUAUCAGUUUAUACAAGAUACCAAAAAUAGGACUAGAAUUUAUGUGUUUUUGGGAUCCACAUCUGGUCUUAUUGACAUGAUGACGGCUAUGGAGUCAUUGCAACUGUUUGUGAAUGGAAAGUACAUGGUCAUAUUCGUCGAUAUGAUGACUUAUUCCCCCAAGGAUUCACUGAAAUAUUUAAUUAAAACUGAAGAUCGCGGUUCAUUGAAAAUGGCAUGUCCGAGCACGAACGAGUUCCGCAAACGUUCACAGUCACUGCUGGUGGUGGUUUCGUCGGAGCCCACCGGCAGUUACGAACACUUCACAGCUAAAGUGCGCCUUUACAACACAUUGAAGCCGUUCAAGUUCCCAUUACCCGCUGUCUUUGAGAAUAAAUUUAAUAAGUUUGUGUCCAUAUAUGCUGCUUAUUUAUAUGACUCCGUAAAACUAUAUGCGACGGCUCUAGAUAAAUUAAUAAGAGAGGACACUAAGAAAGAUGAGCUGACAUACACUAAGUUAUUGAGCAUCGCCACAAAUGGAUCUCGUAUAGUCGCUAAAAUGAUUGAGAGCACUCCAUUUAAAAGUGUGGCAGGUAUGUCGAUACGACUGGACGAGCGCGCUGACUCUGAGGGCAAUUUUUCUGUGUUGGCGUUCAAACCGACUACUUUCAGCGACGGAGACAUGAACUGUUCGCACACCAUGAUACCCGUCGGUCAUUUCCAGCAGAGCUCCCGACAGUUUCCUGAAUACAAAUUAAAUCCACGGCUACAAAUUGACUGGCCGGAUAAUGUUAAACCUGAAGAUGAACCGUCUUGCGGCUUUCUCAAUGAGAAAUGUCCGAAAGAUGACUCGCAGAUUACGUCGCUUGUGGUAGCUGGCACAUUGGCGGUCACGCUGUUUUGCGCUUUAGUCGUCACAAUCAGUAUAUAUCGCAAGUGGAAGAUUGAACAAGAAAUCGAGGGGCUGCUGUGGAAGAUUGAUCCUCAUGAAAUAGCGGGGUACCUUGGUAGCGGCCUGGUGUGGUCUCCCAGUAAACUCAGCUUAGCAAGUGGUUUGUCGUAUGAGAGUAGAUGUUGUACACAAAUUUUUACAACCACAGCACAAUACAAAGGGAAUGUAGUUAGGAUUAAGGAAUUAAAAUUCUCCAAAAAGAAGGACAUCUCCCGCGACGUGAUGAAGGAGAUGCGUCUGUUGCGAGAGCUGCGCCACGAUAAUCUCAACUCGUUCAUCGGCGCGGUUGUGGAGCCCGUCCGGGUGUUACUCAUUACUGAUUACUGUGCCAAAGGAAGUUUGUAUGAUAUAAUAGAAAAUGAAGAUAUAAAGUUAGACAAGAUGUUUAUAUCGUCAUUGGUUCAUGAUCUCAUAAAGGGUAUGACUUUUAUUCAUACUUCGCCAUUAAUAUUCCACGGGAAUCUUAAAUCCUCGAAUUGUGUAGUCACGUCCAGGUGGAUGCUGCAGGUCACAGAUUUUGGUCUUCACGAAUUACGUUAUAGUGCAGAAAACGAAUACAUAGGCGAGCAUCAACAUUACAGAGGUUUGUUGUGGAAAUCACCAGAAUUAUUAAGAGAAUUAGAUAAUCCCAACGGUACUGUCGGUGGUACGCAAAAGGGUGACGUGUAUGCGUUUGGCAUAAUUCUGUAUGAAAUAAUAGCCAGGAGAGGACCUUUUGGUGGGACUCCAUUAGAACCUAAAGAUAUUGUAGAGCGAGUCAAAAGACCAAAGUUGGACGGUGAAGAAGUGUUUCGACCUGACACUAGUAUCAUUCAGGAAUUGAGUGAUGAUUAUGUGAUCGGGCUUAUGAAGGACUGCUGGGCCGAAGAUCCGAAUCUCAGACCUGACUUUCCUACAAUAAGAAGCCGCCUGAAGAAAAUGAAAACUGGCAAGUCACGUAAUAUAAUGGAUCAAAUGAUGGAUAUGAUGGAGAAGUAUGCGAACAAUUUGGAAGAACUAGUCACAGAGAGAACGAGGCUGUUGAUAGAAGAAAAACAGAAGACAGAAGACCUAUUACACAGAAUGCUGCCAAAGUCAGUGGCCCGGCGGCUGACGACGGGCGAGGGCGUGGAACCGGAGUCUUUCGACUCGGUGACUAUAUACUUUAGCGACAUCGUGGGCUUCACCGCCAUGUCUGCGGAGAGCACGCCGCUGCAAGUCGUUAACUUUCUCAACGACCUGUAUACAGUUUUCGACAGGGUUAUCAGAGGCUAUGAUGUUUACAAAGUUGAGACGAUCGGUGAUGCCUACAUGGUGGUAUCGGGGCUGCCUAUAAGAAACAACGAUAGACACGUUGGCGAGAUUGCAUCAAUGGCGCUCGAGCUGUUGAAUGCUGUAAAAACUCACAAAAUAUCACACAGACCAAAUGAAACUCUCAAAUUAAGGAUAGGAAUACACACCGGAGCUGUUGUAGCGGGAGUAGUAGGGCUGACAAUGCCUCGAUAUUGUCUGUUUGGGGACACUGUGAACACAGCAUCCCGAAUGGAAUCCAACGGAGAACCGUUACGUAUACACAUAUCACCGAGCUGCAAGCAGGCGCUUGAUAAGAUCGGUGGGUAUGUCGUCGAACCGAGAGGCAGUAUACCUAUCAAGGGCAAGGGACAAUUACAAACAUAUUGGUUAGUCAGCGCUACAGAGAAAGCGAUACAGAAAAGGCCAGUAGAAGGCGAGGAACGACCUCUGUUCUGUCGACCAAGGAGGAGUCCAAGACUGGCAGAUUCGCGACAUCCAUCGGUUUCAGGAGGCGCCGGCGGGGGUAGUGUCGGCGGUGGCGUGAUGCGGCAGCGGGUAGCCAGUGCCACCAGGUCGGCCAGCGGCUCGUCGGGCGCGAGAGGAUCUCGCCUCUCGCUCGCCGCGCCUGCGUCUGCGUCCGCUGUUACUUCCGCUCCCGCUUCCGCUGUUGACGACGCCCUUACCACUCGUCGCGCGCGCUCCGACCACGCGUCACGUACCAGGAACGCGUUGAGCUCUAUCGCGUCGUCGACGGCGGGCGAGGGCUCGGGCUCGGGUUCGGGUUCGGGCUCGGGCUCCGGCGCGGGCUCGGGGUGCGGGUCGGAGCGCGCGGGCGCGCUGCGCGGCGCGCAGUCGCUGGACGUGCUGGCGGCGCGCAGGGAGCCGCGCAUCGCGCGCCACCACACCACGCGCUCGCUCGACGCCGACGUGCCCGUCUCCACCGUCUCCGGCGACCCUAUCUUCAACGGCACCAUCAUCGGCAUCGUCACCGACGACUCCCGCACCGAGGACAGCCCGCUGCUGCACGACUGCGGUCUCUACGGCAAACUCGACCGCCCAAAGCGGAAGGUGCACGACGCCAACUAUAUAGAGUUCUACAAGAAGUGGCGCUCGCUCGAGAACGUCGCCGACGGUAAGGCCGACGUGCGCAAGAACUCGCGGUUCACGAUCCGCUCGUGGCUGCUCGGGUUCUUCGGCGGCGGCACUCGCAGCAGCAGCUCGUCGCUGCGCCGCGCGCCGCCGCUGCUGGACCGCGAGUCUGCGGUGUGACCGCCGCCGCCGGACCGCGAGUUUGCGGUGUGAUCGUCGUAUCUAGCUAGCGAUGGCUCAGUGUGAUCGCCGCCGCUGGUACGACCGCAACUACUGUACCGCAUUGGUAUAAUAUCGGUGUGACGUCUAUAGUGCGUCGCUAGGCACAAAUUAAUCAAAUUGAACUAUCGAUGCGAGAGGCUCUAAAAAUUGUGCUUUAUGGCCUAAUCGACCAACUCCAUAUAAAUGUAUAUUAGAUUAUGUGUAUAUGAAAUGAUGUUGUAAAUAUAAUAUGUGUAAGUAAAACGAUGUUACCGUGAAUUGUGAAAUAAGAGUUUAAUGUUAUUAAAUAAUUUCUAUUGAA